GCUGAACUUCCGGCCUCGUGACGCAGGCGCGCGCAUCUCGUUUCGCUCUUUCCGGCUGUGGACGCGAGCGCCGCAAUCAUGUCUUAUCCCGCAGAUGAUUACGAGUCAGAGGCUGCUUAUGAUCCUUAUGCUUACCCGGGCGACUAUGAUAUGCACACAGGAGAUCCAAAGCAGGAUCUGGCUUAUGAACGUCAGUAUGAACAGCAGACCUAUCAGGUGAUCCCCGAAGUGAUCAAAAACUUCAUCCAAUAUUUCCACAAAACGGUCUCAGAUUUGAUUGACCAGAAGGUGUAUGAGCUACAGGCCAGUCGUGUCUCCAGCGAUGUCAUCGACCAGAAGGUGUAUGAGAUCCAAGACAUCUAUGAGAACAGCUGGACAAAGUUGACUGAAAGAUUCUUCAAGAAUACACCUUGGCCUGAGGCUGAAGCCAUUGCUCCACAGGUUGGCAACGAUGCUGUCUUCCUGAUUUUGUACAAAGAAUUAUACUACAGGCACAUAUAUGCCAAAGUCAGUGGAGGGCCCUCCUUGGAGCAGAGGUUUGAAUCCUAUUACAACUACUGCAAUCUCUUCAACUACAUUCUUAAUGCUGAUGGUCCUGCUCCCCUUGAACUACCCAACCAGUGGCUCUGGGAUAUCAUUGAUGAGUUCAUCUAUCAGUUUCAGUCCUUUAGUCAGUACCGCUGUAAGACUGCCAAGAAGUCAGAGGAGGAGAUUGACUUCCUUCGUUCCAAUCCCAAAAUCUGGAAUGUUCACAGCGUCCUCAAUGUCCUUCACUCCCUGGUAGACAAGUCCAACAUCAACCGGCAGUUGGAAGUGUACACAAGUGGAGGGGACCCUGAGAGUGUGGCUGGGGAGUAUGGACGGCAUUCCCUUUACAAAAUGCUUGGCUACUUCAGCCUGGUGGGGCUGCUGCGUCUGCACUCCCUGUUGGGGGAUUACUACCAAGCCAUUAAGGUUCUGGAGAAUAUCGAGCUGAAUAAGAAGAGCAUGUAUUCUCGUGUGCCUGAGUGCCAAGUCACCACGUACUAUUACGUUGGUUUUGCUUAUUUGAUGAUGCGUCGCUACCAGGAUGCCAUCCGGGUCUUUGCCAACAUCCUUCUCUAUAUCCAGAGGACCAAGAGCAUGUUCCAGAGGACCACAUACAAAUAUGAGAUGAUUAACAAGCAGAAUGAGCAGAUGCAUGCUCUACUGGCCAUUGCCCUCACCAUGUACCCCAUGCGUAUUGAUGAGAGCAUUCACCUCCAGCUGCGGGAGAAAUAUGGGGACAAGAUGCUGCGCAUGCAGAAAGGUGACCCACAGGUGUACGAGGAACUUUUCAGCUACUCCUGUCCCAAAUUCCUGUCGCCUGUGGUACCCAACUAUGACAACGUGCACCCCAACUACCAUAAGGAGCCCUUCUUGCAGCAGCUGAAGGUAUUUUCUGAUGAGGUGCAGCAGCAGGCCCAGCUCUCCACUAUCCGCAGCUUCCUCAAGCUCUACACCACCAUGCCUGUGGCCAAGCUCGCUGGCUUCCUGGACCUCACAGAGCAGGAGUUCCGUAUCCAGCUGCUUGUCUUCAAACACAAAAUGAAGAACUUGGUGUGGACCAGCGGCAUCUCAGCCCUAGACGGUGAAUUUCAGUCAGCCUCCGAGGUUGACUUCUACAUUGAUAAGGACAUGAUUCACAUCGCAGACACCAAGGUUGCUAGGCGCUACGGGGAUUUCUUUAUCAGGCAGAUUCACAAAUUUGAGGAGCUCAAUCGAACCCUGAAGAAGAUGGGACAGAGACCCUGAGGACAUUCACACGCAUUAGUUAGGAACCUAUUUUGAUGUCAUUGUAGGCGGGGGUGUAUUUUUGCCACCAUGAAGCCUUUACCUAGAUUGCCCAUCAGCCAGUCAACUGAGUUGAAGCUUUUUUGAAUUAAGGACUGAAAUGUUUUAAGUAGGUCUCAGUAAAAGGUUUUCUUUGGA